AAACUUUUUAAUAAUAUGACGGUAAAAAGAAAUUAUUUUUGUGUUAAGUUUCUCAAAAUUGGAAUACUGUUUCAUACAUUGGAUAUGGAAAGCUUGUUUGGUUUCAGGUUUAAAAGUGCUGAUAACUUUUUAAAGCCCCAACGAUUAUAUUAUGGCCGAGAAUACUCCAAAAGAAUUUAUGAAAAAGGCAUAGCCAAGGAUAAUUUAUAUUUUUUAAAAUUGCAAUACGAAAAACUGCUGUUACUGGCGAGAGCGAAAUUUAGAGAGCAAAGAAAACUUAAGAGGAAAAUCAAAGAACUCGCAAACGAAAUCGAUAAAGUGAAAGAAAGGAUAGAUGAGAAGGAAAAUAGAAAAUUUCAAUUAGAUUUCUGAUGGACUCGAAAUUUUCGAGUAGCCAGAUCUAGUCCAAGUAGGCGAUUUAAAAAUAAUACUUUCAUUGUGCCUAAAUUCCAAAUGUACUUAAUCAUUCUAAAUUAAAAGCUUGUUUAACAAUUUUGAAAUUUUU